GACGCUGAGCAUGUCAACGUUCAAAAGGAUAGUUCACGCGUAAAUGCGUUACGAACAAAAACAGUCAAGAAAAGGCGAGUAAAACCAGUUUCCACUCCCCAGGUUUCAGUAUGAACUUUUCAGCGAGCAAAGAUUACCAGAGUGACGGUAGAUACUAUCAGCAUGCAGUCAUAGUGCGCAACCUCGACAAGCUUACUUUUCGACCCGAGGAUGUCAUUAUAGACGUUGGUUGUGGUACGGGCGAAGAGACGAAAGCAUUAGCGAGAAAAGUUCACAGCGUAACAGCCAUUGACUCGUCAGAGGAGAUGUUAGCCAUCGCUUGUGCAAACAGCCAAGCCCCUAAUUUAAGUUACACUUUGGGAGACGCGCAGACCAUCGGAGACAACCCGGACUAUCAGGGAAGAUUCGACAAGGCUGUUAGCUUCUUCGUUCUUCACUGGUGCCCGGACCAAGCUAAGGCACUCAGGAGCAUCUUGGCUUGUCUCAAGCCGGGAGGGGAGGGGCUGUUCAUCAUAGUUAACCAAACACCGUUCGUAAACGAUGCAGACACGUUCGUAAAAAGUCACGCCAGGUGGGGUGAUUACGCGAAGGACUUCAAGACUUCUUAUUGCUUCUGGAAUCGGUCUGUUGCAGAGACACAGGAGUUUUUUGCGACGUGCGGUUGGACAAACGCAAGUUGCGAGAUACAGCACCACUUACCAGAAACAGAACUGCGAACGAAACUGUCCAUGAAGACUGUAUUGGGGAUCUCGGAGCGGAUACCGGAGUCAGAGGUGGAUGCUUAUUUAGAAGAUCUCUGGCAGUGGACUCUGUCCCGAUACCCGGAUGAGACUGGACCAGGUUAUGUCUUCCUUCCGAUAGAGCUGAUGGUGGCACACGCUUGUAAGCCGCUCUAAGGUCUGCGAUUGUCUGCAACGUGUCUCUGCUGGGGAAUGUCUGCGAUUUGAUUUGAUUUGAUUUGAUUUUAUACUUUUUCUUUUUUCAUUCACGGUCUACACGUUGUACGGAUUAGGUGAAGGUGAAUAUAACAAAUGGAAUUUGGGUAAAACUGUUCUAGUCAAAAAAUUAAAUUUCAUUGCAAUGCAAAUAUUUUUACAGAGUGGUUAAUGGUUUUCCCCGCGUUGGGAAUAUAUAUUUUAAUAUUUGGUUUUGGCCUUCACUGACGUAACUUUUUUACUAAGGGCCCAUGUAGGCCUACACUUAGUUGAAUGUUGACAACAAACAGGGUGACCGUAGGGUCAGAGCCAAAUUCUGCUAAAUGCACAUCAAAAAUCUGUCAAAUUUCCCAGAAUUACUCGAAAUACACUAUAAACACUUAAAAUCACAUGCAGAAUGGUAGUAUUGC